AUAUUAGACAAGUUUCAGGGCAUUAGGUGUAAGGACGGGUGCGGGGAGUGUUGACAGCGGCGGAGAACGGCAGAGGUAGAAAAUGGGGAAACGAGAGAAGAAACAGAAGCAUCAUCAACACAGAGCCAGAGGAGCUUCUUACUAUAGGACGCAAGAAGAAGAUGAUGACUAUAACUACUCGCAAAGUUUACCAUCGUCUGUCUCUGAUCAAGACCCGGAACCACAAGGUGAUUUAGAAGAAGAAGAAGAAGAAGAUGGAGAAGAGGACGGCAAGCAUAAUGAUUCAAAUCCAUCCAGCGACAUUCCUUCAAAGUUUCUUCUUUACCAACAAUCUGUGCAGUCACCCAAAGGAGACAUUAGCUAUUUGCAGAAGUUCUUUUUAAUGUAUGUUGGCGGGAGGUUGCCUCUCCAUCUUCAGGAAGAUUUCUGUGGGACUGCGCUUCUCAGUACCGAAUGGCUCCGCAGCGACUCAAGACGGACUGCUGUAGGAGUGGAUUUGGACCUUGAGGCACUAAAUUGGUGCAUGGAGAACAACAUAAAUAAAGUUGGGGCUGAUGGAUAUUCCAGAAUCUCACUCUUUCAUGGAAAUGUUUUGCAACCUUUUGAGGCUAAACUAGUCAGGUUUGAGGUUCAAGAACUGAUAAGUAACAUUAAAUUAAGAGAGCACAAGGUCAAUUCAGAGAUUAAUGCGCUGGAAUCUACAGUCCAAGCAGGCUCAUCUGAUUCUACUGGUGAUAAGUACUUGAAAAGAAACUUUUCAUUACCAGCAAGAGACAUUGUGUGCGCUUUUAACUACAGCUGCUGUUGUCUCCAUAAACGAGCAGAUCUGGUUUUGUAUUUCAAACAUGUUCUUGAUGCUUUGUCCAAAAAGGGUGGUAUAUUUGUGAUGGAUUUAUAUGGUGGAACAUCAUCAGAGCGCAAGCUGAGGCUCCAGAGAAGAUUUCCAAAUUUCACGUAUAUGUGGGAGCAAGCUGAAUUUGACAUAAUUGAGCGCAAAACAAGGAUUAGCCUCCACUUUCAUCUUCAGAAGCAGCAGAAAAAACUUCGCCAUGCAUUUUCAUACAGCUGGAGGCUGUGGUCAUUGCCAGAGAUCAAAGACUGCUUACAAGAAGCUGGUUUUCAAUCUGUUCACUUUUGGCUUCGGCAGAUGCCAGACAGUGAAGAAAACCGGACCACUGAGGGAUUUGGUGUUAGUCGAGACAUAAAGUAUGAGGAGGUCAGGAAUUUUGAACAAGAAGAUUCUUGGAAUGCAUAUAUCAUAGCUGUCGUGAAGUAAAAUUAUGGCUUCAUUUCUGGAGUUAAUCUUAUUCUGCAAAAGCACUGGAAUGUUAUAAUCACUAGUUUCCACAUUUAUGCUAACCAAACUCUGGAAUUAAAUUUUCUAAAUAAUACUUUGAUAAUGAUUUUUCGAAA